AUGGCUCAGCCACCUAAGAUUGCCAUUCUUGGAGCUGGCAUCUUUGUAAGAACGCAAUACAUUCCCAGAUUAGCUGAGAUAUCUGAUCACUUGGUCCUCCAAUCAAUUUGGAGCCGCACUGAGGAAUCGGCUAGGAAUGCCGUUGAGAUUGCCAGGAAGACUUUCCAGGAUGUGGAAUGUAAAUGGGGUGAGACGGGUCUUGAUGAGAUUAUUCAAGAUAGCUCCAUCAUUGGGGUUGCUGUGGUCCUUGCUGGACAAACUCAGGUGGAUAUGUCACUGAGACUGCUGAAAGCCGGAAAGCAUGUUCUUCAAGCCAUUAGUGAGGCAGAAGCCGCACUGUCGUGCUAUAAUUCCAUUUGCACCAACUCGCCUUGUAAACCAAUUUGGGCAAUUGCAGAAAAUUAUCGGUUUGAACCUGUUUUUGUGGAGGGCAAAAAACUAAUGGCCGAAAUUGGAGAUAUGAUGAACGUCCAACUUAUUAUUGAAGGAUCGAUGAAUAGCACAAAUCCUUAUUUCUCAAGCUCUUGGAGGCGCAACUUUACUGGUGGUUUCAUUCUAGAUAUGGGGGUACAUUUCAUUGCAGGUUUGAGGAUGCUUGUUGGAUGUGAGGUAACAUCAGUGUCCGCUAUGACCUCUCAUGUAGAUUCAACUUUGCCUCCGCCAGAUAACAUCUCUGCAGUUUUUCAACUAGAGAAUGGUUGUUCUGGAGUCUUUGCGAUGGUGGUAAACUCAAGAGCACCCAAGAUACUUUGGCGUUUCGUUGGCCUUAACGGUACGCUACAAAUUGAGCGUGGACACAAAGAUGGAAGACAUGGAUACUCGGCUUCCCUUUAUGCUGCUGAUGGCCAAAGCAGGAGCUUCUUCUACCAAUUCAGUGGGGUGACUGAAGAAUUAAAAACUUUUCUACAUGAUAUUUCACAAGCCACCCUUAAGAAGGAUGGUAGCUAUGAAGCCGAACCACGUUGCUCUUUUCUAGAAGGCGUGCGUGAUGUUGCUGUUCUAGAGGCAAUGCUCAAAUCUGGUAUGAGACAAGGAGCCCUGGUCCGCGUGCAAAAAUUCUAG